AUGUCGUGCGUGGAGCGCUGCUGCCGCUGCUGCGCGGAGGGCAGGCGGCACAGCAGCAUCCUCUACAGCAUCCUACGGAGCCAGGAGCGCCAGGAGCGGGCGGCGCCGGCGGGACAGGCUCCCCGCGGCUGCCCCUGCGGGUCAAGGCGGCGGGUGGCCCUGCGGAGCCCGCAGGUGGUUUGCAAGGCGGCCUCGGCCGUGCUGGUGAAGACGCUGCGCUUCGUCCAGAACGUGCCCUGCUUCCAGGAGCUGCCGCUGGAGGAGCAGCUGCUGCUGGUCCGCAGCUGCUGGGCGCCCCUGCUGCUGCUGGGGCUGGCGCAGGACCGGGUGCCCGUGGAGACGGUGGAGAGUGCGGAGCCCAGCAUGCUGCAGCGCAUCCUCACGGCCCGGCGGCACGGAGAGCAGCCCCCGCCGCGGGUACCCGCACCGCCGCCGGGCCGGCAGCACCACGGCCCGCACCUGCCCUCGGCCGGAGAGAUCCAGGCCAUAAAGGGCUUCUUGGCCAAGUGCUGGAGCCUGGACAUCAGCACCAAAGAGUACGCUUACCUCAAGGGGACGGUGCUCUUCAACCCGGAUCUACCUGGACUGCAGUGUACACAGUACAUUGAAGGACUGCAGAGGGAAGCACAACAAGCUCUAAAUGAACAUGUCAGACUCAUUCACAGAGGUGAUGAAGCCAGAUUUGCCAAGCUGAAUGUUGUUUUAUCUUUGUUAAGAUCUAUUAAUGCUGAUGUGAUGGCUGAAUUAUUCUUCAGGCCCAUCAUUGGAGCGGUGAACAUGGAUGACAUGCUUUUGGAAAUGCUUUGUGCAAAAUUAUAAAGACGUGUAAAAUAAUGAAAGUAAGUCCAGUGCAAAGGAAGCCCGAGAGCAGAACAGUGUAAAGUAUUGUAAAUAAACUAACUUAUUGUUUUUACAUAGAUAGUAUUUUUGUAUUCCAUAAUAAAGUAUUCUUCAAGAUCUGAAA